CAGAGAGUCUCCAGGCUUCCUCACAUCUCCUCCAGACUCCACCAGCUGCACCUGGGACCAGGCACCUGAAAAUCAAGUUAUGAAGCAAGAGUAACUAGUAUCAGGAUGGGAUCGAUGCAGUUGUCCCCUCCAUGUCCUGGCCUCCAAGUGUGCCAAAUACCUUCCAGCACUGCUGCCAGGACAAGGAGGUGGAGCCCAGGUCCCAUCUUUGUUGGCUGUGGAGGUGAAGCUCUGGAGGUGAUGGCCAGUCACUGCACAGACCCCACAGGCUUCAGGCUGCCUCUGUGGGUACAUCCCGGUAAGCCAGACACACAGCUUUAUAUGGGACGGCCUGCCCCCGAUUUGCAUCUCGCUCACCCUAUAAGCAGCACAGCUGCUUUCUCCUCAUGGUGGGAAGAGAUUGUGCUGGGGUGUGAACAGGGGUGUCAGGCCCUGCUACCUGGUGCCUUGCAGCCACUCCCAGACAAGGCUUCAUGGCCCUGAUUGUGCACAGCCUGCUCUUCACCCCUGUGGGCAGUUGGUGGGUGCUGGUUUCCUCGGAUGAGAUGGAAGGGAGAGGAAAUUUGGGGAUGGGAGUGAUUUAGGGGAAGUGGUAGCAGGUGGUUCUUGUGUAGCAUCUAGUAGGGAGACAAGGCACAGCAGAGGGUGAGAUUUUCCAAGGGGGUGGGGGUGGGGGGCAGUGACAAGCUGGUGCCCUGCCCCUGCCCAUUAGCUCACUGACCAUCCACCACCUCUCAAGCCCUGCUGCUGCCCCUCGCUCUGGACCCACUGACCCCAGCCCCUCACUCCCAAACAGCAGUCCCCUGCCUCCCACCCUGUGCUGGUGCCCCUCACUCCUGACCUGCAGCCCCUGCCCCUCCAGCACUGCCAGUAUCCCACACUGGACCCACAGCCUCUGCUCCCCCGACCCUGCUGGUGCUCCUCACUCCCGACCCGCAGACCUCUGCCCACCCCACUAGCCCUGCUGCCCAAGCAGCUCCCGCAUUACGCAUAUGCCCAGUCUCUCUCUCUUUCUUUACCUUGCUGGAGCUGGGAUGGGGAGCAUAUGACCCCCAACUGGCAAUCACCUUGCCUCAAACAGCCCGUCUUGGAGAGCAGAGGAACAGCAAAAAACCCAGACAUUUAUCUGCUUUUUAAAAACCCACCCAGACGCAGCACAGGGGGCCACAAAAGAGGACAUAUCUGGGAAAACCCAGACAUAUGGUAACCCUUUGCUGGAGCCCCCUCCACGUGUACACCUGGGUCCAUUGCCUGGUAAGGCAGCAGGCCCAGGGUCUCCCUGGGUUCGGAUAUGCUCUCCAAUGCCAAGGUUCCCGUUAUGGGAUGGGAGGGGGUUUGAAUGUCAGCCCCCAGCCACUAUCCACAGCAUUGAUUGGUGCCAUGUGUGCGGAGAUGGAGAGAGCCCCGAGGCAGACAGUGGAUCUCUGGUCUCCAGGCAAGGCACAGAUGGGUGGGGGAGGCUGAGAGAGAAGAGGGAGUGCUCAGGUUUGUACAUGGGCUAUGGGCUUGGCUGAGACAGCAUUAACAUGAGAUGUAGUCCCUGCACAGUGAGGAAUUCAGAGCUCAGGGCCUGGCAGAGGGGUGCAGUCUGGGUUGGGGAGGGGAGGGAGUCUAGGUGAUGGCAGUCCCUAAGAGAUGUGAGUGGGAAAUACUGCAAGUGUAGGUGCGCUGUUGCCACCGUACAAUCCAGUCUUUCAGAUCGGGGCCGGGUGGGGCUAGGUACAGCUCAGAGGCCCAGUUACUUUUGGGCGAGGGGUCCCCACCCUGUCCCAGCACCAAUCCCAGAACACCUGGUCUUGCUUACUGACAUCAGAGGGUGAUGGAGAAAGGGGGAGACCAGAGUAAAGAUCUGGGUGUCUCAGUCCUCUCAACAGGAAGCCUGAGCCUUCUCCAUCAGGUUUAUCCUCUUGGUGUAAAUAUUCUGGACGAAAUUAUCAAGGUUUUGCUCAAUCUGACCUUAGAUGACUGUGUCCUGAUCUGGGGGACCUGGGUCAUUUUCGUUCAUCAGUUGGGGGCUGUGAGCUUUGGGGAGGAAGCAGGAGGAAGAAGAAAGCAUCUGGUCCAUCUCUGAGUGGUCCCUAUGUGUUUGUGCAGGUUUUUUUUCCUUGAAAUACCAUGCUAUUUCCUUCUCCAUAAAUGGCGGAGAGCAGUCAGAGCUCCCUCACACAAUUUCCUUUUUCUCCAUUGAGAGUUGUAGUUUAAAGACCGUGGGUGUCACCGUGUGGCUGUUGCUUUCAAGGCAAGAGGAACAUUUUGUAUGAGCUGAGAUGGAUAUCUCACUGCUGUGAGCUGCACAGUAAUACUGAGCAGGGUCCUCAGGUCUCAGGCUGCUCAUGUCCAAGUGUGCCUGGCUCCCGGAGUUGUCUUGGGAGAUGGAGAAUCAUCCUUUCACAGGAUCUGCGUUGUAUUCUUUAUUGCUAUCCGAAUAGAUGACUGCAACCCACUCCAGCCCCUUCCCAGGAGCCUGUUGGCCCCAGUCCAUGCCGUAUCUCCUGAAAUCAAAUCCCGAGCCUGUGCAGGUGAGGCACAGAGAGUCUCCAGGCUCCCUCAAGGUCCCUCCAGACUCCACCAGCUGCACCUGAGACCAGACACCUGUAAAGAGAGUCACUUUUAACCAUGAGUAUGUUAUGGUAACGUGAGCUGGAUACGUUCCUGGGGGAGCGGGGAAACCUGCUCUGUCUGCCUACCUGACUAGUAUCACGUACCUGAGAGAGGGGCUUCCUUCCUGGUGGGCUAGAGUCUGCCCGGCAACUAGUGAUGUAUUUCAAGUUGGUUCACUUACAGCCAGCAGGUGCUGGCCUCCAUUGGACCAGGUAAGUCCGAUGGCACUGUGAGUACUACAAUGCGGUCAGCCUGUUGUCCCUUUAAUUGCUGUGGCCAGAGGCACCGAGUCAAGAGGCGCAGCCGAUAGCUUGCUUCCCAGAAGAGCUUGCUAUCCUGGUGGGGAGAGUGCUGGUUUAGAGGCUUGGUAUCAUGGGUUCAAAUCCCACCCUGGCAGUGUGAGUAAGCUGGUUUCUGGGAGAAGAUCUUUACUCCUGGGGCCCCUGACUCUUUCUUUGCUGUGCCCAGAGGCAUUGAGAUAAGAGGUGCACGCGACAGGUCUCUGAGAAGGAAAGCUUGCUGGCCUUGUGGGUGGGUUGCUUGUCUGCAGAGUGGGAAUAAUGGGUUCAAAUCCCACCCUGGCACUGUGAAUAAGCUGUUCUCUCGUUGAAGUUAUUUACUCCUGGGGCUCCUGACUCUUUCAUUGCUGUGGCCAGAGGCAUCGAGAUAAGAGGCGCACCCGACAGGUCAUCAGGAAGGAGAGUUUGCUGGCCUUGUGGGUGAGGUGCUGUCUUAAGACACUGGUUGCAUGGGUUCUAGUCCUGUGUGUGUCUGGGCUGGUGAGUGAUCCUGAGAGAGCCCAUGGCCUGGGUGCCCCCCUAGCUGUGCUGUUUGAGCGCACAGCAGCUGGGGUUGGCUCCAUGCUGCUUCUCAGCAUGACUUUGUUGGCGCAGGACCUUUUGGAGGUCACGGAGAGGUCGUCUGGGGGCGUCUGGUUUUGGCACUCCAAAUGUACAUGUACUGUGUACAGUUGUCCAGGUGAACGUGGAAGUCCAAGUCUCUGGUUUUGAGCCUCCCAGUGACUAAAAGGCAUACACAUAAUCAGUAACAGAGACGUGGACUUCUACAUUCACCUGGAUGACUGUACACUGUACAUGUACAUUUGGAGUGCCAAAACCGGACGCCCCCAGACCCGGGCGACCUCUCCGAUGACUGUACACUGGACGUACGACUGUACACUGUACACAGAAGUCUUAAUAAGUCAUCACCUGGGAAUUAACUGGGGAAACAAAUGUCCCAGGGAUGUUGAGAAAUCUCUGUCUCUCUCUCUCAACAAGAAGUAUUUUGAAAAGAUACAUCAGGCCUCAAAUAGAGCAGCCAAGAUAUCAUAAUUAACACACUCUUCGAUGGCUCCUAGGCACUGGCCAUACCACCUCCAUCUCACUGUUUCAAGUCUCUGGUGCUGAUAGCAUCAAGAAGUCUCAAUUUAUGGAGAAAGGGUUUUCUCGUUGGCUUUGGGCAGACGUUUCAAGCGAUUCAAAUUUAGAAAAUGGAGUUCAGAAUGGUAAAGGCAUAAUAUGGUUUAUUUUUGGUAAGGAGACUCCCAUGUAUUCUUCAAAAGGCAGACACUUAUAUGUUGUAUUAUGUUAUUGGGCAUUGCCACUUCUUUUCAAUUACUGAAGGAAUUGCCUCUUCAUCCUCCAGUGAAAGGCUGCCCACUUGUCUAAUUAUUUUUUUCUCAUUUGCCUUCUAUGAAGACCUAAAUGUCUGCCUAGCUCUAAAGUUUCUUAAGUAGCAACUGUAAUGAUGAUAUCUGAAGGUUGUCUCUGCUCACACUAUAUUUCUUUUCCUUUUUCUCUCCUGUUACUGAGGAGAGGGAGACAUGGGAGCGGUUUUCUCUCCGCCCCCCCCCCCCCUUUUUUUUCUAAAUGUGUGAUUUUGUGAGGUUUCUGUAGGGCAGAAGAAGUAGGAUUUACAACUUUGGAAGGCUCUGGAUUGUGUGGCCACCUUGACCAAUUCCAGGGGUCAUGUAUCAGUGGCUGAAGGACCAGUCUCCUACCCCUGAACAUCUCAAAAGUGAGGCGGCACGUUCCCAAACUCUGCUCCAGCGUGAGAGGGAAGAGAGAAGCCAUAGUCAUGAAGAAUAACACAGUGUUGACUGAAUUCAUCCUCCUGGGCUUUCCAGUGCUUCAAGGUCUGCACAGUGUGUUCUUCUCAGUCGUUCUGCUCAUGUACAUCCUAACCAUCCUAGGUAAUGGCCUCAUUGUUUUUAUUGUGAGAGCCAACCACAAGCUUCACACACCCAUGUACUUCUUCCUGAGCAACCUGUCCUUCCUGGAGAUCUGGUACACCACGACUGUGGUACCCAAAAUGCUAGAGACCUUUGUGGCCACCAAGACAACAAUCUGCAUCUACUGCUGCCUGGUCCAGGCAUUUGUCUACUUCUUCCUGGGCAGCACAGAGUUUUUCAUCCUCACAGUGAUGUCCUUUGACCGGUAUUUGGCCAUAUGCAAGCCCCUGCAGUAUGCCACCCUCAUGACCAACAGGGUCUGUUUCCAGUUGGCCUUUGGGGCUUGGUUUGCUGGUUUCAUGGCCAUCUUUUUCCAAACUAUUCUGGUCUUCCAGCUGCCCUUCUGCGACUCCAACAUCAUCAACCAUUUCUACUGUGACCUCGGACCAAUCUUAAAAAUAGCCUGCACGGACACCCACCUCAUUGAGCUGCUAGGGUUUCUUGCUGGUGGCACAGUCAUCCUCAGCUCUUUGCUUUUCACUGUGGUGUCUUACAUCUAUAUCAUUGCCACCAUCCUAGCCAUCCCUGCUUCUACAGGGCGCCGAAAGGCCUUCUCUACCUGUGCAUCCCAUCUGACUGUGGUCUCUAUACUGUACGGGGCUGUUCUUUUCAUGUACCUGAGGCCCAAUGUGCAUUCCUCCUUUGGUCUCAGCAAGGUGGUGUCUGUGCUGAACACAGUCUUGACCCCUCUCCUGAAUCCUUUCAUUUACACAAUAAGGAACAAAGAGGUGAAAGAGGCCUUCAGAAACAUACUGAACAGAAAAAGGAUGUAGGUGAGCCAUGAGAGUUUUUCUGGCAUGGAAAAUAGUGGUUUCCAAGGCUGCCAUUGUCUGAGGAGCAUAAGGGGUGUGACACCUUACGCCCAUGGUUUUGGAGAGUCUACCUCCAUUGAGAUGAGUGGGAUUUCCACUAGAUACGUAUCAAGGGGACCAAGACGUCUCCAAGCUGUCCAUAGCAGACAACAGUCCACCCUCUCUGCAGAGGGACAGCAAUCAUAAAUUAUUUCCAACUGAUGCUUUUCUCUGCAUACCUGGAGUUGCUUGGUUUCAGGGACCAUAGGCAGCAUGGAUACGUUGGCAAGGGAUAUGGGGUAGCAGAGUCCCUGAAGAGUAUAUGCGCUGGUAGAAGGCCCUAAUGAAAACACCUCUAUUUUACAAAUCUGAGCUUCACUCUUAGGGGUGGUUAUACUCUCCCACUGCAUCUCCAUCCACUCUGGUAUUCCUUUGCCCAAGAUACUACAAGUUCUCAUAUAGUGAUGUUCAGAGGAAUAGCAAACACAGAGAGUGCAUGGGACAGGGGGGCUCCCCAGGAGUGGGAGAAGCACCGUUCGACUUGCCUCCCAAGAUGCACUAUAUGGUGCAGCAUUGCACUGCCCGAGUCCUGUGGCUGGACAGGAGCAGUGAAGGGCUUCCCCCACCAAAACAAAGGCUUGUGGGGAAGAUAGGGGAUGGUAGAAGAUGCCCUCAUCCCCACUGCCAGGAGUCUUUGCAGCCAUGGGAUCAUAAUGGGGAUGGCAAUGACAGAAACAAGUGUUGCAGACAAGGAGCAAGGAGCACAGAUCCACACAGGAGACUAUAUUUUGGUGCUUGUCACCCUCACAAUGUAUUGCACAAAGCAGUUGACUGUGGGUUUCCACCACAGAGAUCUCGUAAGUGUGACAUUACCUCACGUAAGAUAUUUUGGUAUAAAAAGGGUCAUUGCAUAAAAGCGAAUUUGCACAUACAGAAUGUGCAUAAAGCCAGGGAAACCUGUUGUGCCCAAGUGCAGUGGGAAGCUGUUAUAGUGAAUAAUUGUUGACAGCACAGCCAGCUCUGUACCAGGCCUGCUCUGAGCAUCACUAAAAGUUGACUCCCCUCAGCCCUCCUUCACUCCCAGCUGCUCAGGAAAAAGGCCUAAGUCCUGUUUUGUCCCCAUUUCCUUCUCAGCAGUCAGGGCUAACCCCGUCUCGCAUUUGGCAUGUGUAGGAGUUUAAGUUAUGCUAGGUCAUAAUUAUGCUAUGUCAUAGGAAAGACACUGCAAAGGGCCUUGGGACUAACAGGCCUUACUGACCACUGGAUGACUUGAUAAAAUAUGCAAAGAUGAGGGGGAAAUGGUCAUUUAAAGUCAGGAAUAGCAGCUGAACAAGUGAGGAGAAAAAGUAAGGAGAAAAAGAGGUCAGCUGUACUGACCAGGAGUAAGAUGAAAGCACCUAGAUUAAGCAGAGAAUGAGCUAGAAAAGCCAUAAAUCAGCAGGGAGUGAUCUCUAGCUGGGAUGCCUGAACUUGGAAGGGGGGAGCUGAACUUGGCAAGGAAUGAGUUGCAGGUGUCUGGACAUGGCAAAGAUGCAAGAAAAAAGGGCCAAGUCUGCAGAGGGAGAGAGAGAUAGGAGUUGGCAUGGAGUGGGGACAUUCUGGCUAUAAAUACAGGGUGGGAGAGACACACUUUUGUAGCAAUUUAAGGGGUGUCUCUACCCAGACUGCAUCACUUACCACUGUCUGGAAAGUUUUGCUAAGCCAGGCUAACUCCUGUGCAAACCCACUGACUACUGCCCUGAAAGACAAUAAAGCUCUCUGAGCACUCAUCACUAAA